AUGUCCGCCCCAUCGUCCGUGAUCGUUUGCCAUCGCCACCACCGCGCCGUCGAAGUUUCUCAAUCGCCACGUAUCGCCGAGGGCGCCGAGGUUCUUGGCGAGGUCAUCGUCGAAAGUGGCGUGGUCAAGGGAGCGAACAGCGGCGCCAUCAAGCACCCAUGCUCACGUGCUCCAACUAUCGUCGGAGUGGGCGCCUCGAUGAAGGUUAAUCUGGCGGGCUUAUGGCACGCCGUCGAGCCGAAGGAAGGGGAGGAGGUGCUCAUCGAGUACCGCGAGGAUCGCCUCGCCAUGGCAGCCAUCCUGCGGGAGGCCAACACCCAGCACCUACUCCGGCAAUUCGGCGACAUUGGCUUCAACGAGGGUGAGUCUGUGGAUGACUUCUCACUCCGUAUCAUGUCUCUCGCCAACACCAUCCGCACUUUGGGCCACGACAUCACCGACGCCCAGAUCGUGAAGAAGAUGCUCCAGGUGGUUCCUGAACAUCUCGAGCAGAUUGCUUACUCCAUCGAGACGCUCCUCGACGUCAACGAGCUCUCGGUGGAGGAAGUUGUCGGCCAUCUGCGCGCCAUCGAGCAGCGCAAGAAGAAGCCGGCCUCCGCGGGCGCAUCGUCCACCGCCGACAAGCAGGGCCGCCUGCUCGUCACGGAGGAGGAGUGGAUGGCGCGGCUCAAGCUGCGUGAGUCCGGCGAAGGCUCCGGCAGCGGCAAGCGCGGCAAGACACGCCAUGGCUGCGGCGGUGGCUCUGGCGGCGGCCGGGAUGGCAAGGGACACGACGGUCAACGGAAGCCUCAAGAGAGGAACCCUGACAAGUGCGCAAACUGCGGCAUCAAGGGCCACUACGCCAAGGACUGCCACAAACCGAGGCGGGAGCAGAAGGCGCACGUCGCGGAAGGAAAAGAGCAACAAGCGCUCAUGAUGGCUUCGACAACCGCCACAACCAUCAACGACGCGCUGUCUUCUUCCUCGUCGUGGCUCGCCACCUGCGUCGAGAUCCACAAGGCGGAAGUCUUCGCCGAGCUCGAGCCCCGUACCAAUCGAGACGCUUUACCAGAAGAUAGGGUUGUCCGUGUGGAUCAGGAGCACAAGGCAGCUCCUUGGGUCGGUGACAUCAGGGUGAUCGGAGAGCACGCAGGUGCAGAAGGAAGGGAGGCCAUCCUCCGGCAGAUGUGGCAGCUGGAUCCUCGCGCUGCGGUCGUGAGGGUCGAGCAGGUAGGUGGACGAGGCGGCGGCGUCGCGGAUCAGUACCCAGCCCUGCGACGUUGCCCAGCAGUUGUCGUUCCCCAGCACGCCUGUGGCGUCGAUGUUGAUGGCCUUCUUCUCCGAGAUGCUGAAGAACAUGGGUCGGUCUGA